CGGGACCCCGACGGCCGCGGGGACCGACCGACGGACAGACCGACCGACCCACGGAUACUCAGUAUGCACUUCCAAGGAUAUUGGAUAUGUUUGGGUUUCUUGCUGUUCAUCUCAGUAAAUGCAGAAAUUCAGGAUGAAGAUGUUGAGUUACAGGAAUUAGACACAAAUUCAGAACAAACUGAUGUUGAUGAAGAUGAACCUUCUCUAGAGGUUAAAUACAAGACUCCACAGCCUAUAGGAGAAGUAUAUUUUACAGAAACCUUUGAUAGUGGAAUAUUGUCUGGUUGGGUGUUGUCAAAAACAAAAAAAGAAGACACAGAUGAUGACAUGUCUAAAUAUGAUGGCAGAUGGGAAAUAGAGGAGCUGAAAGAAAACAGAGUACUUGGUGACAGAGGAUUAGUUUUAAAGUCAAAAGCAAAGCAUCAUGCCAUAUCAACCAUGCUAACGAAACCAUUUAUUUUUGCUGAUAAGCCUUUGAUAGUUCAAUACGAAGUGAAUUUUCAAGAUGGUAUUGAUUGUGGUGGUGCCUAUAUUAAGCUUCUGGAAAACACUGACAAUUUGAAUCUGGAACAAUUUUUUGAUAAAACAUCUUAUACCAUUAUGUUUGGACCAGAUAAAUGUGGAGAAGAUUAUAAACUUCAUUUUAUCUUCAGACAUAAACAUCCCAAAACUGGAGUGUUUGAGGAGAAACAUGCCAAACGACCUGAUGUAGACCUAAAAAAAUUCUAUUCAGACAGGCGGACCCAUCUAUAUACUCUUGUUCUGAAACCAGAUGAUACCUAUGAAGUGUUAAUUGACCAAACGGUUGUUAGCAAAGGAAACCUACUAGAGGAUGUGGUUCCUCCCGUCAACCCUCCUAAGGAAAUUGAAGAUCCCAAUGAUAAGAAACCUGAUGAAUGGGAUGAAAGAGCGAAGAUUCCCGAUUCUUCUGCUGUCAAACCAGAUGACUGGGAUGAUGAUGAACCUUCCAAAAUAGAAGAUCCUGAUGCUGUUAAACCAGAGGAAUGGCUUGAUGAUGAACCAUUGUACAUACCAGACCCCGGUGCUGAAAAACCUGAGGAUUGGGAUGAAAAAAUGGAUGGUGAGUGGGAAGCGCCGCAGAUUCCUAAUCCAAAGUGCGAAACUGUUCCAGGCUGUGGGGAAUGGACGCGCCCUCUGAUAGACAAUCCGAAUUUUAAAGGAAAAUGGACUCCUCCGAUGAUAGAUAAUCCUAACUAUCAGGGAAUAUGGAGUCCUCAAAAAAUUCCUAACCCAGAUUACUUUGAGGAUGAUCACCCAUUUCUUCUCACUUCUUUUGGUGCUCUUGGCUUAGAGCUAUGGUCUAUGACCUCUGAUAUUUACUUUGAUAACUUUAUCAUAUGCUCAGAAAAGGAAGUAGCUGAUCGUUGGGCCGCAGAUAGUUGGAGCGUGAAGAACAUGGUAGCUAUUGCCAAUGAGCCUGGUGUGUUCAGCCAGCUGAUGACUGCUGCAGAAGAACGUCCGUGGCUGUGGAUUGUUUAUGUUGUGACCACAGGGCUGCCUAUAGCGUUAAUUACAUUGUUUUGCUGGCCAAGAAAGAAAACGGUGGAAGAAGCGGAUUACAAAAAAACCGACAUACAGAAGCCACAAACGAAGGGAGCGCUGGAACAGGAAGUGAAAGAAGAGAAGGCCGCUGUAGAGAAUCCUUUAGAUGUGGAAGAGGAGAAGGAAAAUCAAGUUGAUAGCGAAACUCCUGAAAAGGAGGAAAUCUGUGUUGCAGAGGAUGAAGUUGAAACUGAAGAAAAGAGUGAAGAAGAAAAUGGAACUCCAGAAGGGCAAGAGGAAGGCAAUAAAUCAAACAAAUCCGGUUCUGAGGAUGAGAUGAAAGACGCUGAUGAGAGCACAGGAUCAGGAGAUGGGCCAAUGAAGUCGGUUCGCAAAAGAAAAGUACGAAAGGACUGAACAGUCUCCAAGUAGUGUCCUUAGACUUCCUUUGAGAGAAAUUGGGCUUUUCUUCUUGAGCAGCAGAGAGGCAGCCCACAGGUGACAGACCUGCUGAAUUCUGAUCUUUCUCCACCUCCUGCUUCCUCUUCUAGCCUCUAAGUUCUUCCCGAAACUCUCCCGUGGUCUUCCUUUUGGAGGAAAAUGCUCUCUGUAAAGUUAUCUGGUUUUUGAAUUUAGAAUAAAAGAAAACAGCAAUUUGA